UUCUUAGUAAAAACAGUCGGCUGUUAAAUUUUACUCUUUUCUAAAAUUUAAGUUUUUUUCUCAUCUUAGAAAUUUGAGUGAAGUUUCUUAAAAACAUUUAGUAGAUUUAAGCAGGAAGAAAAUGCAGGAACCUCGGGAGGAAGGUGAUGGAGAAGAGAGUCAGGCUACACCUACUCCUUGGAAACCAAAUGAGGAUUAUUUAAAAAUACUUGUAGGGAUGGGUAUUAGUCGUACAGCUGCAGAAAAGGCAUUAUUCUACACAGAUAAUAGAUCUCCUGAUUUGGCUGCAGCGUGGCUAUUUGAAAAUUCAGAAGCUGAUUUGGAAACAUCUCUUGCAGCUGAAGCUGGAGAUCAAAUGGAGGAUACAUUUGGUGAUUCCUACAAAAUGGCAUUUGUUGUGAAUAUGAGUCUAGAAAUGGGCACAGGAAAAUUAGCCUCUCAAGUUGCUCAUGCAGCAAUAGGAAUGCAUCGCUUGCUUUUGCAAAAUGAGAACAAAUAUGGAGAAAUGGUGUUGCAGUGGUCUGAAUAUGGUGAAACCAAAAUUGUUUUAAGAGGAAAUACAACUCAACAUUUAGUGGAAUUGGAAAGAAAGGCUCUUCGUCUUGGAUUGCCAACCUAUUUAGUUCAAGAUGCUGGAAGAACACAGGUGCCUGUUGGCAGUACAACUGUUUUAUGCAUUAUGGGUCGUUUAGACCUUGUUGAUCAAGUUACAGGAUCUUUGAAACUACUUUAGCAAAACAUAAAAGGUUAUGUGUGCCUUCACUACUUAAUUCUUUUCUAUCGAAGCUGCAUUUGUUCCUGAUGCUUCAAAGGCUGCUGUUGCAUUUAUAUUGAUGAGAAUGUAUCCACAAGUCUGCAUUCAGUGCAAGAUGCAGCAUUUGUGUCUACUUCCCGCUGGCCGUGAAGAAUACAUUUUCACAAUUUAUGCUGCAGUAGCAACACUUCUCUCCAGGAGAAGAAAUGACAUGAAACAUUUUUUAAUAUCUUGUGAAGAUAUACUAAGCUAGUUUUAACAAAUUAUUCCCAUUAGCUGCUGAUUGCAGACAUGACUUUGAGCUAUUGAAAGUGGUUCAGAAAGUCGGUUCUUAUGUACAAUGAAAUCUUACUUCAAACUAUUUUUAUUCUCGCAAUCUGUAAACAUCGUGUUUUCCAAACAUUGAUGCAGACAACUUUGAAACCAUUAAUUGUUUGUAAUAUUCUUAUUACAUUGUUGAAAAAUUUCCUCAAAGUAUCCUAUAUUCUGUGCUCAUUGCGCUGCUUAAGUGCAUAUUAAUUUAGCGAGUAGUUUCACAGGUUUUAUUUAUGCCUCAUUUGGAAUCAGCUUUUAUUUUCGCUUGUAGUUUUUUUAUAAAUGUGUGAAGUAAUUUAAGAUGAUAAUCCAGAUUUUGUUAUUUUUUUUUCCUUUGACAUAUGAAUAUUAAAAUUCAUUUUAAAUACAUUGUUCUUUCUUAUGUUAGGUCCCCUCCUCCCUCCCAAAAAAAACACCAUCUCAAUUAAAUUACAAUAUGUAAUUUGUGAAGAAAAUCAUGUACUAACAUAGGUACAAAUUGAUCAUCACUAUAAUAUUCUACAGUAAAUGAAAUGAAUAAUAAAAGAUUUGGUACUUGAGUAUAAAUAUGCAAUAAAAAAAAUAUUGAACUAUUGUGUAAACAUUAAAAAAAAAUGUGAUGUAUUUUGUUUAUGUUCAAUAUAUAUAUUAUUAGUUUAUAAUUUUUUUUUAAGGAAAGAUGUACU